AUGAAAAUGAAUUUUUCCUCAACAAAAGAAUUCUCACGGGCUGACGUCUGCAAUUUUAUAGCUAUCUUGUCGCAAAUUAUUAGCCACUCCAUAGAGUUUAGACCCGAGUUUAUUAGGAAAAAUGAAAAAUCCGAGCAACGGAAAAAACAGUAUAUUUUACCUGUGCUGAUAUCAGACCCUUUGAAAUUAUCUGGUGGUUGUUUGCCUAAAUUUGUCAUUGACCUAUACAAAGAGAAUAUAUGCAAGUUAAAUGCCAAAAACAUUUAUGAACAAGACUACCAUCUGUUAAAUGAAUACCAUUCUAAAAAAAUAUAUAUGAACAGACAGUUGUCUGUUUCAGAAUACGAUAAAUUACAUAAAGUGGUGAUAGCAUGCUUCUACACACUUUACAGAUGUGUUUUAGAUUAUAAUGAAAUGGAAGGAUGUAGCGAAAAAAGGUAUAUCAAGAUUAACAAAUAUAUUGAUGCUGCACCCUAUGAUACCAACUUUCUUAAUACCUCCCCUCAAACUAUCUUUAAAUCCAAAAAUGGGUUCCAGAAUGACACUUUGAACAAUAAAUUCCAAGAACAGUUAUUCUUGACCGAAAAUAGGUUUUCUCGUAUAUUUAAAUCAUUUGUUGGUGUGACUUUUAAAGAAUACGAAAACUUUUGUUUUCAAACACUAAAAGAAAACCAUGCGGUUUUAAAGCCUUAUAUUGAUGUUAUAUCUGAGCUUAACUGUAUAUCUGAUCAUAAUAUUUGGAAAGAGCUAGCAGAUGAACUUUUAGAUAGUAAUAAUUUUAAAAACAACAAUGACACCAGCGAUUAUUCUAAUGUAACUCAUGGUGUGAAUGCUGUUAUUAAUAUUGAUGAUAAUAUUUGUCCAAUAAAUCAGGGUGUUUUAAAUAUAACAGAAUUCACCACUAGUAACGUGAGAACAGGUGAUAAUUGUAACAUUUUAUUACCGCAAACUUUCUCAUUACAAAAUUACACUAGUUUUAGUGAUAACAAAAGUAGGAAAAAUACAAAAAUAAGAAAGAAACUACUAUUAAAAAAAAUACCAAAGCUACAGCCAGAGUUUUUAAUAGAAUAUAAGUAUCAUCUGGCGUGGCCAAAUAUUAAUAGCAAAAUAGAAAAAUUAAAAGCUGCUGACUCAGAACACCAUGAAUCUAAAUUUAAAACGCACUCAUAUGGGCCAAAGGUUUAUAUAGAUUUGACAGGUAGUGAUACCUUCGGCAGAAGGGAUAUUAAUACAAACAAUAAAGUUCAAAACACAGCACCAUAUAAAACUACAUACUUAAGCGUAAAUGAUGUCAUUAGUAAUAAAUUUCGAGAAUCCUCAAGACAUGUGGCAAAUAUUACAGAAAAUUUAGUCGCUACUAACUCUAUAAAUCAUGGGGAAUGGAUUUCGGAGAGUAAUAUUAGUGUAAAAAAUGGGACGAGUGAUGAUAAAAUAAAUAAUGAGGCGAGUGAUGAUAAAAUAAAUAAUGGGGCGAGUGAUGAUAAAAUAAAUAAUAGGGCUUAUUAUAAUUAUAAUAGAGAUUCUUCAGACUUUUUCCCAGUCUCAAAUGUUAAAAAUACGCACGAAUACGCCCCUUAUACUUAUUGCAAUAGUGUUAACUACCACCAACAGCAACUAAAUGAUUUAGAUUUCCAAGCAUCCUACAAAUCCUUUUGCCUAGGUUGCAAAGGAGCAAAAGUAUACCACGAAAAUUAUGAAAAGGAUGAUAAUAACUAUAGAGCGAUUGCUACAGAAAAUCCUAACAAUCACGGUUUGGAAAAUACAACAAUAGUUUCGCCAAAUUUGGUAUCUCGUGGCAAAUAUGUUUCGAAUUAUUUUGUAAGCAAAACUACAUCUGAUGUAAUUAGAGAAAUGCUGUCUAACAAGGAAAAGCAAUAA